GUGACUUUGGCAUAAUGCAUGUUAAUAACGUAGCUUAGUCAGGUGCAAAUAACACUACUUUAAGUUCUUGUUUAUUCCUAUGAUAACCUUUUGCUUUCCCAUUCAUGGUAUUAUUCUUUUCUUUGACCAGCAUUUAUAUCAAUGUACCCUGAAAGCUAAACGGCUAACGAGGAAGCCUGUCGCAUAGUAUUGACGUCACAAACUUGAUUUUCAAGGUGUUUUCGGAUAGUUUUCACGUGUUUUAACAGAGAUUACUUAACAAUUUAAGACUGUGUCGGAUCUGAACACCACCCACACCUUCAGCCUAUGCCCUGCAUUCUCUUCUUUCUGCCCUGAAAGACAGCAGCUAUUAUGCAUAGUAAAGAGGAGACUAUUGCCAUUUUGAAGCGGUUCGACACUGGAAACAAAUUCUCUUCUAUACCGGUGCUGCCCAAAGCCUCGGUGCUGAUCCCACUGUUUGUGAAGAAUGGACAGCUUCACACAAUGUUGACCCUGCGUUCAAAAGAGCUGAGGACUAGUGCUGGCGAGGUGUGUUUCCCCGGUGGGAAGAGAGACCCCAGUGACAGAGAUGAUGUGGACACAGCUCUGAGAGAGGCCGAGGAGGAGAUAGGUCUACCACCUGAGACUGUCCAGGUGGUGUGUAGACUGCUCCCCAUCAUUAAUAAGAGUGGUGUGUGUGUGACCCCGGUGGUUGGCUUCAUACAGGAGUCAUUUUGUCCCCGUCCAAACCCAGCCGAGGUCAGUGCUGUGUUCACAGUCCCCCUGGACUUCUUCACCAGCAAGAAGGACCACAGUGCUGCCUAUGGUGCUGCUGAGGUUCGGGGACUGUUGCAUUCAUUUUAUUUUGUGGACCCUGAUUCAGGAAACGAGUAUCACAUAUGGGGCCUGACUGCUGUGUUGGCCAUAGUGGUGGCUGCCCUUUCUCUCAGGAAAAAACCUGAGUUUAAGGUUGAGUUUGACACUGAGGAUCCAUUCCCCUUCUUUGAACACAUUCUCCACAGCCGCAUAAGUAAACUGUGAACAGCUCCUGCCCUGUUAGACACUUGUGCCUUAAGGGCGGUUCUGUUACAGUAUUGCUGCAUUAAUUGUGAAGCUAUAUGUGCAAUAUGACACUUGACUUACAUGCAAUAUUAGUUUGAAAAGAUUAAUAUAAAAACUUUUUUUUAAAACUGUUUAAUCUUUAAGCACUAAAGCCCUAGAGUGGAGGGGGAAGAAAACUCAAGACAUUUAGAUUUUAUUAAUUCAUUUAAUGUAGCAGCAGGAUUACAGUUAUAAACAGAAGAGUAUACAAAUGUCCAGACCAAGGCAAAGUACAUGUUAAUAAUAGUUCAAUGUAUAACACACUGGGAUUGACCUUGAUCCCUACUGCAGGGUCUUAAGGCUAGAUACUAAAGCUCAAGCUACACAGAACAGAUACAACAGAACUGAUGAUGAAUGUUAAAUAGAAAGUGAACUAGGAAAAGUGAGCAAGCUGAUUUACACACAAACUUACAGCUCACGCUAUUGGCAAUUAACAGUUAAUUUCUCAUGGUUGCUCCUUUUGAUCAAGCUAUUUCACAGCAACAAUAGUAAUGUUGACAAGCACAUCAACACAGGAAAGCUCUCCAUAAAAGCAAUCUCCACAGUCUUGUCCCUCUUACCUCACAUGUACAAAUCUCAUGAGGCCUGGAAAAAAAAAAGUGUUAACAAUUCACUGGUGAAGCUGCACAAUAUUAUGUCGAGUAAUCACUCUGAUACCUUGCACUGGGUUUCCAAUGAGAAUGUUAACACUGGUGUGGGCUAUGGUUAUGCUUGUGUUGUAGAAAUUAAAACUCAAUUACUGAAGUGUCCCGAUUAUUAAAAAGUCUGUGAGAAUAAAAAAAAGACAAGGAGCCAAAUAGCAGUGACACAAAAGGGACACCAGAAAACACAGCAGAGUCACGGUUUAGUUAUCAAGGCACACAAAGUUCUGUGGAAAGUAUCAACUGAAAUUCAAGAUACCCCUGCGGUAUAUUUCACAUUUAAUAUACAUGGAUAUUCAUUUACAUGACUGAAGGACAAAGUCAAUAUUGUGUAGAUAUUUGUGUACCAUCUUUACCACCAUUAAAUUGUUUCACAUAGUUUGUUUUCAGGUGGGAAGCGGCUCUCCCAAGAGUCAGACUGCAUAUCACCACUGCUUCACAGCCUCCGAUUCACCAGUUAAGGGAAAUUUUAGUUGGAGUAUAAAUCAAUAGUUUUUUCAUUUGUUAGUGCUGUUAAAGGGUGUCAGGCAUUCUAGAAAAAAAAACCUCUGACACUCACUCAAGCCUACUUUUGAGACACCAUUUUAUUCAUAACUGCAACACAGGGCAACUUUACUGACCCCCCAUCGGUGAAGGUUGAGCAAAAUUGUAUUACUGAAACCUAAAUUAUGCUAUUAAAUGUAUUAUUGAAAAUUAAGUGAAAUUGUAUAAUUGCUUAAAUAAUACAUGAAUUGCGUCAUG